CUGAGCUCGGGACAACGAGGAGCUGAUGGAUCGGCGCGAGACUCGAAGCAUCCAGGGCCGUGGGUUGGCGCGAACUUGGAGCCUGGUCUUCAAAAUCAAAGAUCACUGUAACUGCUCAUUAUGGAUGCUGUAGAGGUUGUGUCUGAAAAAAAGAAAUGUCCUGUCUUAGAGGUCACCAUGCAAAAUUUUUCCCAAGAAGCAAAACGUGUCAUUGCUGAACAUCACCGCAGAAUAAAUGAGACUAAGGUCCAAGGUGCUACCAUUAAUGUUUUCAGAAAUAAAUGCCCCAAAUCUGGCAAAGGCAUACCUUUGGAUCUCAAAAAAAAGGAAGCACUUGACGUGAUCCAAGAGUUUCAGAAAGCCUUCAGAAAUAUUUGUUUUUCCAAAGGCCCUCCCACAAAAGAAUGUUCUCAGAAGACCCCACAAGUAACUUUCAAGAAGCCACACAUUUUUAAUGUCGAUGAAGCAUGCAGUACAACUAUAGAACUAAUUGUGAAAGAAAAAGUUGAAUUGAGCAAAAUCAUGACUGAUAUUGAUUCAGUGAGUAAGAAAAUGGAGAAAGAAAAGCAAGAUCAAAGCAAGAUCAGAUUUGACUUGUCCACACUGCAGUCCAAUGCCUCGUCAUUUCUGACAGAUCAAGUGGUCUACGAUUGGAGAGGAAUUAUGUCAACACGAACUUCUUUGGUUCCAGAAUAUGAUCGACUUAGUUUCUCUGGACCAUCGUCAAUAUUUCAGGACUUUUAUACUCAUGAAAGUGGGAGCGCAAAAGGCUCCCAAGAACAGCUCCGAGCUAAUGGAUUGUGCUUUGGGACUGUGUGCCUAGCUACAGAGUGUGGAUUGAACUGGAGUGGGCAGAGCCACAAGCAGUACUCUGUUUAUUUCACCACUGACACCUGUCAGCCCCAGGAAGGGUGUGAUGAUGCUGGAGGCUGGACACGGAUUCAGUUUGACCACACCGCCACCCCUGGUGUUCCGUUCUUAGCAGCAGUUGCCAAGCAUUUAGUAGUUGUCCUUGCAGUGGCCAGGAACAGCAGAGCCCUCAAUGACGUAUGCAGCCUGCUGCUCUUCCGCUUUCCUAAGAGACUGGGAGACAGCCCCUUCCAGUGCACAUUCAGAUGUGUCCUCAUGCCCAAUCUCAGGCUACAGAAUAAUAUGCGAGGUGCCUCAGGAAGACCCAGGACACAGCGUUCUGGACCUACAUUGGACAAAUUAUCAUGUCGCUCAUACCGAACUGCAGAACAGGAAGCAUAUAUGCAAGACUCUAAGUGGAUUCAAGUUCAAAUUCAUUGGCUGCCCGAGGGUCCACGGAACUUAAAAGCACCUGUAUACCCCAGAGCAAGACAGCCUGAGUGGCACCCAGGCAUCCCGUCACCAGUGACUUACAGAGCCCUGGAUGUCUGGGCACGGCGGCGGACCUCUACAGGUUUCCUCUUAGUAGCAGACCUGAACCUCAGUCACAGCCUGUGUCCUCUGGGACUGAACAUGAGCUCAGCAGGCAGUGGUGGCCCCUUGCAGACUGGCUAUGCUUCUGAUAGACUGAUGCAAUCUUCUUUCAGUAGAAGGAUUAAAUAUAGCAGUAAAGUUAAAAGGAUUGGACCACACAUAGAAAUAUUCCAGCUGUUCCGGAAAAAGAAAAAACCUAAAGCAGACCAAAAAACAAUUGCAAAGAUUACUAUAAUGCAGGCAGCUGUCAGAGGAUGGCUUGAACGCAGACGAAUGAAAAGAAUACUGGCCAAGGCUCUGGAUCAUGGGAAAAAUUUGAGAGAGGUAAUUAGCAUGUAUUCCUCCCAAAUCUAUCGUGUGAAAUAUCGACUUGGUCUUCCGAGGACAAGACAAGUUUUACAGUUAUCAGAUUUAGAAGAAUGGAUGGAUAGGAAAAAAUACUAUGAAACAAUGUUUGCUAAGAGACAAGAUUGGCAAGGAAUAGACAGAAGUGAGCUCCUUAAGUUUUUUAAUGACUGUGGUCAUUUCCCAGCCCUGCAGCAAAUUGAUGACAUUUGGCACUUGGUCCACAUAGAUGGUAAAAGACAAUAUAAUGAAGUCAUCAAGAAGAAUGUUGCAAUUGAAAUGUUAUUUACACUCUAUCCGCCUCAAGGAGCCCAGGUGAAGAAAAAUAUAAGAUCUGUGUCAACUUGGUUGAGACCCACCGUGGAUGGGGAAGAAGGUUAUAAAUACAUAGUGGCUCAGCAUCCAAUACUCAAGAGAGCAGAUAUCAGAAUUGUUGGGAAGCUAGUUGCCAAAUCUAUAAGAGAAAGAAAAAUAAGACAGCACCGUUUAUUGUAA